GUGGGGAGCGAUGCUUGUCUGUGCGCAGGGGCUCGGGCUGGCAGCGCGGUCUGGAUGCGGGCCAGGGAGCCUUGGAGGCAGGGGGCUGCCCAGGUCUGCAACAAAGAGCGCGCGGGCGGGUCCCCGGAGCCCGGGCCGGCAGCGUGGAGGAGGCGCCCGCCCGGGAGAGGUCCCCGGCGGGAUGACAGGAGCUGAGAGGAGCCAGCGGUGACCCUGGCGGCUGCGGUGGCGGCUGUGUCCCCUGAAGAUGAGGUGGCCCCAGUGACACACAGGCCAGGCCCUCCCUAUGGCCAGCUCAGGCACGGAGCUCCGCUGGGCUGAGCCGGGCCUGGGCAAGGGGUCCAGGCGGCGGCGCUGGGCCUGGGCGGAGGCCGGGGAGGUCGAGGACCCGACUGGCCCGGGCAGCUGGGAGGAAGAGGGGCCCCUCCCCGGUGCUGCCAGCCCCGGGCUCCUGGAGGACUUCCACCGCGCCCAGCAGCGCCCCCCGCCCCUGGGGUGGCCCCCAGACCCGCAGCCCAAUGCAUCCCCGGACUCCGAACCAGGAGAGUACACGGGAGAGGAGUUCGAAGAGGAGGACGUGGACAGUCUAGAAGAUUCCACCAUGCCCGUCCACUGGCAUGACCCCCGCCCGGCCACGCCCGACGCCGCACCAGCCGAGGCCCCUGGAGGCGCAGGGCCCCGGGGCACGGGGGACAGCUCCCCGAGGGUGGAGUCCGAGGCCGCUCUGAGCUCCGAAGAAGAAGACGAAGACAGUGAGCACAGCCCCAGGGCCUCGGCGUGGGGCCAGGCAGGGGACAGCGGCGGGGACACCCCUCCAGAACACUCUGAGGCCGCCCGGACUGCUGACCUCAGCCCAGCGAGGUCCUGGAGCAGCGGAACUGUCAGCCUCGGGCCCCCCUCCGACGGCCUCGGCCCCCCCUGGGCAGGGCGGCCCCUCAGCCCCCAGCCCGCGGCCCCAGGGGACAGUCCCCGUCGUGGUCAGCGCCUGAACCCCGCUGACAGCGUUGGAGGAAGUGUCACCAUGGCAACCGCCAAGGCAUUCCAGGACUCCUCCUCGACACCCCCCUCCCCCAGUCCCCCAGAUCCUGCAGCUCGAUGGGGGGCCCGGGCCACAGGCCCCUCCUGCCCUCCGCCCGGGGCCCGGGCCUGGAAGCGGACAUGGGCGUCACCUAAGGCCCUCCCUUCCCGACUCGCCGGCCCCACCAGCCCCCCCAGGUCUCCGCCCAGGCCGUCCCCCAGACCGGAAGCCACACUGGCCGGCCACGCGGCCUCCAGCGACGCCCGCAAGUACGGCCGGGGACGGCUGAACCACCCACUCCCCGAUUUAUCCAAGGUGGGACCCCGGGUGAGGUUCCCCAAAGAAGAGAGCUACCGCCCGCCCAAGGCCAGGACCCCGGGCCGGGGGCCCCAGGACCCUCGCACGCCCCUCAUCUUCAAGUCUCCCGCCGAGAUCGUGAGGGAGGUACUACUCAACAGCGGAGAGGCCCCGGCGGGGCAGAACCCACCCCCCACCCACCCCAUCGCCAGGGUGCCCCAAGAGUUCCAGACCCCUGAACAAGCCACGAAGCUGGUCCAUCAGCUUCAGGAGGACUACCACAGGCUCCUCACCAAGUAUGCAGAGGCUGAGAACACCAUUGACCAGCUGCGCCUGGGGGCCAAGGUGAACCUGUACUCGGACCCGCCUCAGCCCAGCCACAGCAUCCACAUGGGGACCAUGUCCCAGGGGACCAAAGUCUUGUCCUUCACCAUCCCGCAGCCCCAGGCUGCCGAGAGGUGGCCCCACCCCUCCACCAUCCCCCAGACCUCCGAGGCUGCAGGGGGCCUGAUGGCUGGAGGGACCCUGAGCCCCUCCUCAUCCACCGGUGCGCCCAUCCCCGGGAGGCUCCCCGAAAACCAGGGCCUCGCCAAGGACCAGCCCUCCGCGGAACAGACCCAGGUCCUGGCUUCUCAGGCCAGGCGGUUCCUGGACAAGGUGGAGUCCUUUGCAGGCCUGAUGCAAGCAGGAUGUCUCACACCUCAGGACCAGCUCAAGGGCUUCCAGCGGCUGAAGGCAGCCCACGCGGCCCUGGAGGAGGAGUAUCUGCGGGCGUGCAGGGAGCAGCGCCGGGCCCCGCAGCUGGCCGGCUCCAGGGGCAGCCCGGGGACGUUCGAUCCGGACAGGGAGCUGGAGGCAGAGAUCUUCCAGCUGGGAAUUCGCCUGGAGGAGCUGAAGGACCGCCUGGACCAGAAUCAGCAGGUGUUGGAGCCGCCGGGCUGGGUCCCGCCUCUGGACAGCUCCCCCGCCCGCCCCCGGGCCCUGCAGCCCCCACAGCCGGCCAGGCAGACCGCCUGCACUGCCCAGCCAGAGGCCGCCAGCACGGGCCCCCACCUGCUGCAGGCCAGGAGGGAGGCGGGUGUGGACUGCAGCGAGGACGAAGCGGAGGAGGAGCAGGGGCUGGGCGGCCCGGCAUCUCCCAGGCCCCAGGAGAGGCAGAUGGAGCAGGACUUCCACGGCCUCCUGCAGCGGUACCUGGAUGUGAAGUCGCGCCCGGAAGCCUUGAGGAGGGAGGAGGAGGAGGAUGAGGAGGAGCAGGAGGGGCAGGACUGCACCCUGGAAGUGGACCGGGGACCUGCUCCGGGGAUCAUGGAACCCAGCCGACUCCCCUCAGCACACACUGGGAGAAGUCACAAGGCCCCCCUCAAGGAGACCGCCGUGCAGAUGGCACCCGGGAACAGACCCGCCUUCCGUGCUCCUGGUGCCAGAGACAGGCACCCGUCAGGCCUGGGCAAGGCCGAGGCAGCUGCCCCGGGGCCGGGCAGGCCACCCCCGCCGCGGGGCCCCCACCGGAGCAGCCUGAGCAGCCUGGAGGGCGGCAGCAGCAGCACCGAGCAGCUUGCCCGCAAGUCUCCGCGCCGCGCCGGCCUGCCCCACCAGGAGGAGCCCUGGAUGGCCUCCCCAGAGACAGACAGUGGCUUUGUGGGCUCAGAGACCAGCCGGGUGUCACCCCUCACCCAGACCCCGGAGCACCGGCUCGCCCACAUCAGUACGUCUCUCCCCUCUGGGACCCCCGGCACCCCAGGGACGCUGACCCAGUCCUUCACCACGCCUGCAGCCUGGCCUGGAGCCUCCCACUCCCAGACCAGAGACCCUCAGGCCCUUAGAAGAGCCUCCGAGCCCAGCCUGGCCAGGAGCCGAGCCCCGAGGCACCCCGUGGCCCCUCCGAGCCCCCUCCGACAGAGGGCGCCCAGCUUCUGCCUGGAGCGACCCCUGCUGGCCGAGACGGCCCUCGAGGGAGUCGCGGGCUCAGAGGAGUCCAAGGGGCACGGCCGAGUGUCUGAGAAGCCCACCGGCAGCGGGGUGAGGAGCCCACCCGCCUCGCCUGCCCCUGAGACGCCCCCGGCCUUCCUCCUCGCCAGGACCAGCCGAGACCAGGCCAUCCGGGAGCUGCAGGAGGAGGUGUCCCGGCUGCGGGUGCGGCUGGAGGGCAGCCUGCACCGCUCCCCCCAGGCCAGCCCCGCGCGCCCCCCGUCCACCCACGAGCGCCCCACCAGAGUCCGCGAGCGGCGAGCAGACUCCUCGGCCACCUGGGGCGCCCACUCCGGCAGCAAAUCCACGGAGAGGUUGUCUGGGGAGCCCGGAGGUGCAGAGCGAGCUGUCCCCACAGGACGGCGGCCAGCCAGGUCCUCCUCGGUGCCGCGGGAGAUGCCCCGACAGCCCCUUAAUUCCGAAUCUGAGCCGAGCUUCCUACACCUGUCCCCCAAGAAGAGCGAAAGUCCCGGCAAGGACCGUGGGCCUGCAGCUCCCGACGCAGCGAGAGCAGCAGGCAGCACCAGGCGGCCAGACAGGGUCACCUUCCGGGGCCAGUACACAGGUCAGCAGUACCGUGUCCUGACCCCCACGGCUGCCCCGCGAGGCAGUGCCAUGGAGUCCUGUGCUCACUGCCAGCUCACGGGGCCCCAGGUCGCAGGCAUGGCCGUGGCCGGGGACCCAGGGGGCCCAGCUCCCCCGGACGCCCCGCAGUGCCCUCUGUGUGGUCGGGCCGGGGGCCCCUCGGAGGCAGCCAGCUCUGACUCCGCCCCCUCCGGGCCAGAGAAGGCCGCCAGCAGGAGAAACCCACCUGCUGCGCACAGCCCCCAGCAGAGGGCUCAGCGGGCAGCGUCGCCGCCCCGGCCGCCCCCCGGACUGUGGUACCUGGCGGCCCCCAGCUUCGCCUACGUGUCCUCAGUCCCCGUCCUGCCUUACCCGCCCGCUGCCGUGUACUAUUCGGCCCCAGGAUCUACCUCAGCCCCCUUGGCCGCAGAGUGGCCCCCGGCAGCCUGGCCCCGGGCGGCCAGGGGCCCCAGAGCGUCCGUGCAGCUGGACCUGGAGGAGCUGGAGGAGCUGAACCGGGCGCUGAGCCGGGCGGCUCGGGCGGCCGAGAGCGUGCGCUCCACCACGCAGCAGAUGACGCGCUCCCUGUCGGCCGAGCUGCGCCAGGCCCGCGGCCUGCGGGGUUCCUGCCUCUUCUGAGCCCUCGGGGGCCGGGACCGGGACCGAGGGGCCCCAGGGCCCAGCCUGAGCUGGCAGGAGGCUGAGCCGCUCGGGAAGGGCCCCAGGCCACCUACACGGCCCGAGGACCUGCCGCCAGACGCGGAGGGUCAGGGCGGAGGGAAAGGCGUCCUGCCGGGUCGUGACCCCAGGGAGCCGCUGCUGAAGGAGGACCCUGGGCCCAGCGCCUCCCGGCCGGGGCAGCCCCGUGGGCUCUGCACCCCGGGGUGUGCACCCUGCUCCUCUCGGACUGCGUUUCAGCAUCACGGACAGUCUUAGUUUUGAACAUGGACUUUGGGGCCCUGGGCCCUUCUCAGGGGGCCAGGUGAGGACAAGGCCAGGCCUGUCGUACCAGCCUGCCCGAGGCCCGCCCUGCCGGGGGGGGUGACCUGGGAAGGAUGUGCCCGGACAGCACCUCCUGGGGACGAAGGCGGCCAGUGGGCAUCUGUGGGUGUCCCCUUGUCCUGGGGGAGAGACCCGCCCCUCUGGCCUGCGGGGGUGGGGACGCCCCCACAGUGGCCCCUCUCAGUUCCUCGUCCCCAGCCCCCCCCGGCUCUGUCCCAGACUUCCCCAAGGGACAGGCGAGUGGCCAGCGCCCGGCCGGACCCCGAGCUGCCCCCACAGCGCGUACCUCAGCAUUUCCUCGACGUGUGCCUCGUGAUGUCUGUAUAUCUGAAGGUCCAGAUUCUAUUUUCGUUAUGAGGGCAAAUGAAGGAUGGGGACUGAUUUUCAAUAAAAGUGGGUCGGAGAGAG